GGCCGGGCGCCAUGGCACCGUGGGGCAAGCGGCUGGCUGGCGUGCGCGGGGUGCUGCUUGACAUCUCGGGCGUGCUGUACGACAGCGGCGCGGGCGGCGGCACGGCCAUCGCCGGCUCGGUGGAGGCGGUGGCCAGACUGAAGCGUUCCCGGCUGAAGGUGAGGUUCUGCACCAACGAGUCGCAGAAGUCCCGGGCAGAGCUGGUGGGGCAGCUUCGGAGGCUGGGAUUUGACAUCUCUGAGGGGGAGGUGACCGCCCCGGCACCAGCUGCCUGCCAGAUCCUGAAGGAGCGAGGCCUGCGACCAUACCUGCUCAUCCAUGACGGAGUCCGCUCAGAAUUUGAUCAGAUCGACACAUCCAACCCAAACUGUGUGGUAAUUGCAGACGCAGGAGAAAGCUUUUCUUAUCAAAACAUGAAUAACGCCUUCCAGGUGCUCAUGGAGCUGGAAAAACCUGUGCUCAUAUCACUGGGAAAAGGGCGUUACUACAAGGAGACCUCUGGCCUGAUGCUGGACGUUGGUCCCUACAUGAAGGCGCUUGAGUAUGCCUGUGGCAUCAAAGCCGAGGUGGUGGGGAAGCCUUCUCCUGAGUUUUUCAAGUCUGCCCUGCAAGCGAUAGGAGUGGAAGCCCACCAGAAAGGUGUGUCCGUUCACCUUCCUCACCUGCUGCGUAUACAGAUGCUUGUUUCCCCACAUCCUUACCAACACCAUGAUUUCUGGCUGUUUUUUUUUUUAAAGUGGUCUUUGAGUUUUGCUGUUAGUCUUGUUCCUUAUGAAGGUGUCCGACCACAGUGGCAAUCACUCAGCAUCGCACUGUCUCCAGGUCUCUGUGGGAGCCUGGAUUCCUUUGGGGCCUGGAUCCAGGGCUCAUCCUAGAGUGAGCCGUCAUCUCAGGGCAUCUCCCUGGGGGAUAUGUGCCCCCCCGGAGCUGCAGUUACAGACACUGAGCUCGCUCCACCUUCACCACCCAGCCCUGCUGCGUCCCGCCCUAAUCCUCCUGGCAGAGCCCCUGGAUAAGGAAAAUAUUUGUGAACCACGGAAGCUCUUUGGCGCUGGAAUUUUGCACUCCAAAGCAUCGCCGCCUGUUAGACAAUGUUUCCCUCCAGCACCUAGGACACUGAAGAGGAGACCAGGGCAGGCAGGCAGAUGUGUAAGAGGGAGGAUUGACUGCUGUAGCACCCGACCCAGGACACCUGCCUCUGGGACUGUGGCGCCUCCAUCCGGCUCUCUGGAUUCUGGGUUCUUGGGGGUCCGACCUUUCAUUUUUUUCUCCGCCUCACCCCCCACCAUGUCGUGUCUGAAAGGAAGCGAAGCCCAGCCCUGGCAGGUGGAGUAUUUUUAUUUCCCCUGACAGCGCACCUCCUGACCUCUGUCUUCUUGCCAGUGAUUUUUUAAAUCCUAAAUGAUUUGGCAAUAAUUGCUCCUCCUCGCGUGAUUAUUGCCCUUCACCGAUAGUAAAUCUGGGAAUCCCCUGGGGUCCUGAGCGCACUUUGGUAUGCGGAGCCCACAAGCUGGCCUGGACAGGCAUCGCUGCUCCAGGCAGCUGUGCACCCAGCCGGCCCUGGCGUCCCGGCCCCCAGCCUCCGCCUCCCUCGCCGACAGCUUCCCGGGGCUCUGCCUGGAUGCAGCCUCGCUUUAUCCCGCACAACCUCCACGCUGUUCCUGCAUGAGAACUCUUCCUCCAAGAGACCACGUUCCUCUGGUCCUGUCUCCGUGGGCCACAUCCACAAAUGUUCCAGCCCAGGAAGAACCAAGUCUCUAUUCUGGGAGGGAAACCUGUGUGCUGUCUGGUUUUGUAUGUGGGAGGAGCAUGCACACAGUUUUAUUUUCCCCAGAAGCAUGGAGGUGUAGGAUGACAUGUAAUAUUUGGAAGACCCAUUCCAUUUCCAAGGAACCUUCUAGCAGGAUGGCCCUGGAGUCUCUGGCAGCAGUGGACAUGGUCCUGAAUUGGAGUGCUGUGAAUGUUCACUGCUGACCUCACGGUUUGAAGACAAUUCCUUGAGAAGGGCAGAGGGGACCCGAAUACGGGGCCUCUGGCCGGCCCUGCUGCCAGAUGCCAGCAGCCGUGGGGGCUUGCCCAGCCAGCCCUGGCUUUUCCCAACCCUUAGAGUGCCCCUUGUGCAUGCAGCAGACACUGGUGCUGGUCCCAUUCCCGGGAGCACGCGGUGCCACUGGCUGUGUCUUGCCUGGCCAGGUGUUGGUUUGAUAGACUCGAAAACCUCAUUUGAAUUUGGCAGGAUUUUCCCUAACAUCAGUCAUUCUGGAAAAAACACUUUGAAUUUUUACCAUAUCUGGGUAUUUUUACCAUAUCUGGGUACUUGCCACUAGCUCUAUUUACUUCACGUUUCUUAAAAUUGAUUCAUUUUAUUACUUAAAUAAAUGUAUUUUAAAAGGAA